AUGGAGUAUGAUCUGCCGGAACAGUCCGAUCAUCCUACUGCAGAACAAUCCCCUCCUGCAGAAGAGCCUCCCUCAGCUGACGUGGUCGACAACCAGGCAAGACUGCCCGUGGUCCAGCCUCCACCGCAGGUGUCCAUUGACUUGACGGAGGAACAGCCUCCCUUAGGAGAACAGAGAGUGGAGAAUGUUGAUACGGGACCUUCACGGGAAGGUGGACAGCAAGCUGGUGCUAACCCUGCUGCUGUCCGGGAAGCUUCACUCCACUCGAUGACCACCUUCUUCAGCGGACUGCAGCGGCUUCAUGGCAUGAUAGAAUUCCUGAGACCUCUCCCUUCAAACCACAGUGUGGGGCCAGUACGAGUAAGGAGGAGAACGGGCUCUGCGCCACGCCGGGCAAGGCCUGGAGGGUCGCAGAGGACAGACAAUGCCAGGUCAAGGACAUCUUUGAAUUCUUUCUUUCAAGUGAGCAUUUCCCAGUCUCCUUUGCCUGCUAGUCCUUCCCGGCAGCGUGAGAAUCCGGCCUCUGAAGACUUGGAGGAGUCAAGCAGUUCCAGUUCUGACAGCUCUGCCGAGGAUGAGGAGGUGGUUGACUUGCCAGAGCCAUCAGGAAGUACUGUAGCAGAGCAAGAAGUUAGAGGACCACAAGAAAGUAUUACAGCAGAACAGGAAGUUACUAGUAUUGAUGGAGAAAAAAUUCUCCCCACAGAGUCUCCCCAAAAAGCAAACCCUCCACCACCUUCUGAGUCUGUGGAUGACGAAGAUGGAGAGACUUGUACGAUAUGUUUGGAGCAGUGGACCAAUGCUGGGGACCACCGGCUCUCAGCAUUACGCUGUGGGCACCUCUUUGGGUAUAAAUGCAUUUCUAAGUGGCUCAAAGGACAGGCCCGAAAAUGUCCCCAGUGCAACAAGAAGGCCAAGCACAGUGACAUUGUUGUCCUCUAUACCCGAACUCUGAAAGCUGUGGAUACUGCUGAACAGGAGUACUUGAAAAGUUCCUUGUUAAAGGAGCAGCUGAUGAGGAAGCAGGCUGAGUUAGAAUCGGCAGAGUGCAGGCUCCAGCUUCAGGUGCUCACUGAAGAGUGCACCAAGCUUCAUGGUCGUGUCCAGGAAUUGCAGAAACUUAUUAUUCAGCAUCGAGAUCAAAUCUUGCAGCACCCCAAGAGCUGCCCGGCACAUUCCCUCAGCUCCCUGUCCUCCAGCCAGGGCCAACACAAGUAUCAGUUCCAGAAGACUUUCACGGUGUCUCCGACCGGGAACUGCCGAAUCAUGGCGUAUUGUGAUUCCCUCAGCUGCCUGGUGGUGUCGCAGCCGUCCCCUCAGGCCUCCUUCGUGCCAGGCUUCGGUGUUAAGAUGCUGAGUACUGCCAACAUGAAAAGCAACCAGUAUGUUCCGAUGCAUAGUAAGCAGAUUCGAGGAUUGGCUUUCAGCGAUCAAUCCCGAGGCUUGCUGCUCUCUGCUUCCCUGGACAAUACUCUUAAACUGACGAGCCUAGAGACCAAUACUGUCGUUCAGACCUACAAUGCUGGACGUCCUGUCUGGAGCUGCUGCUGGUGUCUUGAUGAGAGCAAUUACAUGUAUGCUGGACUGGCCAAUGGUUCGAUUCUCGUCUAUGAUCUGCGAAACACAGGCUGCCACGUCCAGGAGCUAGUGCCUCAGAAAGCCAGAUGCCCGUUGGUGUCCCUGUCUUACAUACCCAGAGCUGCCUCAGCUCUGUUUCCUUAUGGUGGGGUGCUGGCAGGAACCUUGGAGAAUGCUUCCUUCUGGGAGCUCAAGGUGGGCUUCACUCAUUGGCCUCAUGUCCUGCCCUUGGAACCAGGUGGCUGCACAGACUUUCAGACAGAGAGUACUACUCGGCACUGUCUCGUGACGUACCGGCCUGAUAAAAACCACCAAACCAUCCGAAGUGUGCUGAUGGAGUUGUCCUACACCCUGAAUGAUACUGGGGAGCCAGUCUGCUCAUGCCAUCCUGUACAGACAUUUUUGGGGGGACGCGCUUGCAAACUACUGACCAAAAGUGCCAUUUUCCGGAGCCCGGAGAAUGAUGGCAACCUCCUGGUGUGCUCUGGGGACGAAUCAUCAAACUCUGCCUUGCUGUGGAAUGCCAGCAAUGGCUCCUUGCUGCAGAAACUGCAGACCGAUCAGCCUGUCUUGGACAUCUGCCCAUUUGAAGCGAACCAAAAAAAUUACCUGGCCACCUUAACUGAGAAGAUGGUCCACAUCUAUAGGUGGGAGUGA